AUGCUGCGCAAGCUUUUUGUUGCCUUCUUGGCGGCGAUCUUGUGCUUCGCCCUGGUCGCGCAGGCGUCGUCUGUCGUGGACCAGAUCUACGAUGAGGCGGGAAUCAUGGCCAACGAAACUUCGCCAUCGCCGUCGCCUUCGAGCGCGCCCGCCGCCAACAUCACGGCCUCGCCCUCUUCCGCCCCAGUCGCGCCGUCGGUGUCGCCAUCUUCCGCCCCGGUGGCCAAUGUCACCGCCUCGCCGUCGCCAUCUUCCGCCCCGGUGGCCAACGCCACCGCUUCGCCUUCGCCUAAGCCUAAGCUUGCGUGCGGCAACUACACCGGAUGCGGCAACUGCACGGAGCAGUGGAACUGCGUGUGGUGCGACAGCGACAGCAAGUGCGAGGACGGAGGCGUGUGGGGUCCCAACCAGAACCCAUUCAACAGCUGUCCCGACUGGCGGUGGCGUCAGUGCAAGGCCAACGGCAAGGCCAUCUUUUGGUCGGCCGUGUGUAUCGCCGCGGUCUUGGUCGUCCUGUUCCUCUUCUGCUGCUUCUGCUGCUGCUGCUACUGCCGCAGGAAGCGAAGGUUGAGGCACAUCAUCUCCAACCAGAAGUCUUGGUCGCAGAUCAAGGCCGAAGAGGCCGAGAUGGAUCGACUCCUCGGCACUCGUACCCCCAAGACCGACACCAGGCGCGAGCAGGUCUACGCCAAGUACGGCCGUCCCGGUGAGCGCAGCGUCAACAACAACCGCAGCAGCCUCUUCGCCCAGUAA